AUGUCCAACUUCGUACCACCUUCACAACACCGCUCGCUGCGCGCCUGCAUGGUCUGCAGCAUCGUCCUUCCAGGCUCGCGCUUCCGCCGUGAAGGAUGUCCCAACUGCGAAGAGUUUCUCGAACUCUCUGGUCAUGACGACGCCAUCCAGGAAUGCACCAGCCAGGUCUUCGAGGGCCUCAUCACUCUGACAGACCCUGGCUCUAGCUGGGUUGCCAGAUGGCAGCGACUCGACAGCUAUGUCCCUGGAAUUUACGCCGUCAAGGUUACCGGUAUUCUGCCAGAAGAGAUCAUCUCUACCGUCGAGGCCGCUGGUGUCAAGUACAUCCCUCGCGAUGGAACUAGCAUCGACGACAUGUAA